GGGAAAUCCUCCGAGACAACCGCGAGUCGGCCUCCCGAGCUGCCGGGGCGUCGGAGGGGAGGCGCGGAGCUUGCUCGCGAGUGCGCGCGCCGUGACGGCAGCAGGUGCCUUGCUCGACGGCAGCGUGGCCCUGUUUGAUCUGCAGAAGAAACGCCGGGAGGAGGAGGAGCUGGAGGCGGAGAUCCAGGAGCAGCGCCAGAGGUUGCAGAGUUUGCAGCAGCGUAUCGACGAGUUGAAGGUGAAGAAGGAGGCAGCGAAGGAUUUAUACAUGAACUUGAAUAUGUUCCUGAAGGUAAGUGGAGGACCGUUUCACACACGCCUCCUUCAUAAUGUGCGUAUUGUUAUUGGAUUUCAGUGUCAUGGCUGUACCUGCACAGAAACGCCCGACUGAGUCCCUGCAGGAAGGAAACCCGGAUCAAGCUGCUCAGAAAGCAGAGAAGGAGAGGAGCGAGGAGCUCCGCCUGGAGGCGGCGCUGCAGAGGCUGAAGCUGCUGCAUGCCGGGCUGAUGGAGAGGGAGCAGCAGCAGCGGCGCUGGAUCACCAGGAACGGCGUGUAUCGGGAGCUGCUGGUGCGGACGGUCAGGAUGACGAAGUUUGAGGAUGUGCAGAGGCUCACCGGUCAUAUAGAGAGUCUCCUCCACUUUCAAGACGAUUUCUAUAAGAGAGAAACCCAGGCGCAUGGGCAGGUGGAGCAGCUGAAGGAAUCCCUGCUCACGCUGGAGGACAAUCACAGUCUGCUGCAGCUGCAGAGCAACCACCAGCUGUCCCAGCUCCAGAGCGGGAUAGAGAAGACGCGCUCUGAAGCUCUGUCAUGGGUAUCUGACAUCACCGUCAUCACAAGUCUGGCAUCAGAGCCGAAUCAAAUGUUUCCUGAACACACAGCAACCAUCCUGUGUGAAAUGCAGCUGUUCAUGUGUUCACAGGAGAGGCAAUGGAACCACAUUCAGGAAACGGCAGCAAAGAAAACACUCUUGCUGGGACGGAUUAAGAUGGCGACCUAUAACCUCUAUGAAACGACAGAUGCCAUGGUAGAAGGAGAACACACGUUGAAUAUGAAUGACACGGAGAAACAGCUGGAGAAGGUCCAGAUGUUCAUCCAGGACUACGAGGGCCUCGUCAAAUAUCAAUAAACUCCCUCUCAGAAACACGAUGGACUGGGAAAAGAUUUGUCAAAGCCCAAAAAACACAUUGCAACUCGACAUCGCAAGAUGCUUCAAUUUAGGCUUGAACAUCCGUUUAUAAUGCUGUAAGGCUGAAUUCACUGAACUAGCAUUGAAUAUUUUCUUAGUUGUUCUAAUGUAAAACUAAACGUGAACUUGAAGACAAUUAACUUCAAUAAACGUAAGACCCUGAAGCUAUCGACAA